UUACAGAUAGAGCCAUCGCUGGAUAAUAUUUCCAGUGUUUUUGAAUUUAGACUCUCCGGACUGAAUGAAACAAUGGAAAACAGAUAUGUGUUUUUCUCUUUGACUGCACUGUAUUAUCCCAUAAUGAUUUUGUGUAAUGUAGUUGUAAUUUUUACUGUCUUUUCAUAUAAGACGCUUCCUGAGCCAAUGUACAUAUUUCUGUGUAAUUUAUGUAUGAAUGCACUUUAUGGCACUGCUGGAUUCUACCCUAAAUUCAUGUAUGAUUUAUUAUCCCAAUAUCACGUAAUUUCCUACGCUGGUUGCCUGAUCCAGAUAUUUGUCAUUUAUUCAUCUGUUUUAUGUGACUUUUCAACAUUAACAGUAAUGGCUUAUGACAGGUAUGUGGCAAUAUGUAGACCACUGGAGUAUCAUUCAAAAAUGACUAGAAAGGUUCUUCAAUGUAUCUUGUUUUGCUGGGUGGCUCCAUUUUUUUGCCUGUCUGUUCUUAUUGCAUUAUUGUCAAGACUCACUCUAUGUGGCUCUAGUAUUGACAAGUUGUAUUGUGAAAUAUGGGGAGUUGCAAAACUUUCUUGUUUUUCUAAUACGGUCAAUAAUGUGUUUGGGUACAUUGUAAUUCUUCUGUACUUUGGUCAUGCUGUAUUGAUAUUUUGCUCAUAUAUUCAUUUGAUUAGAAAGUGCAGGAGGUCAAUGGAGAUCAGAUACAAAUUCAUACAGACAUGUGUACCACAUAUGCUUGCAUUGAUCAAUGUGACUGUUGCAUUUCUGUUUGAUGUACUUUACAGCCGCUAUGGCUCAAGAAGUUUGCCACAAAGUGUCCGUAACUUCAUGGCCAUAGAAUUCCUCCUCAUACCGCCUAUUUUAAAUCCCUUGAUUUAUGGACUAAAUCUCACAACAAUACGCAAACAAGUUAUUGGGCUGUUUUUUUAAGUAAAUGUUUUAUCAAGUCUAAUCCCGCCUAAUGUUUUUCUUGUUUUCGGAUGUUUUGUAAGGCUAAAUGCUCUAAAGCGAGCCCUUUUUAAAAGACUUUGUUUUUAAAUAAAAUUUGUUAUUUUAUUAUUAAUAAUAUAAAAAUGCCAUUAGGCACAAGAGAUUGUGUUUUAUAAUUAUUUUACCACAUAAGAAGUGUCGUUAAGAAUGAAAUUAAGUGGAGUACCUUAAACAUUAAAUAAUGGUAUAAUUUUUUCAUUAUAAUUGUAAUA